CAGAUGAAGAGAUCGUUGCCUGACUGCAAAUUUGCCUGCGGCUCGAGCGGGUUGGCGACUCUGUACAAUGCGGUGUUGGAUCAGUCAGUCAAGGUACGAUCAAGCCGCAUGCAAGUACUGGCGUUAGUUGUUGACGACGUCCGAGCUCGCAAGUAUAGAGCGUACUAUCGACGCCUCUUCAGGACCUUUCGAUCGCGCCUUUAGGCGCGAAUGUCAAUGGGGAUGUCGGCUUUUUUGCGUUUUCCAUCUUCACUCCGACCACACCUCUUACCUACAGAUCUUGCAUCAACCACAUUCUGUUUUGGUCGUCGCACUGCGGCGUGAUACCAUUCAAGUGUAAGGCUUUCAUCUAUGACUAGCCGGCACUGCGCUGCGCUUCUCCUCUAGCACACCUGCAUGCGGGCAUCAUGUCGCCAAUACUCCUCUACCUCGUCGGCUUGGCUCUCAUUUUCCUGUUCGUGCCCAUGGCCAUGGGCAAGUUGAAGCCUCGGACUGUGUUGCACCUCGUGCAGCACUGUCAUGCGGUGCUCCUGAAUGGCAAGAGCCACUUGCGAUGGUUUGGCGGGCUUUUGUUCGGCAUACUGCCUCCCGUGGUCUGGACACUCAGCUUCAAGAUGGCGAGAAAGCUGCCAAACGAAUGGAGACCUCAGAUUCGUACUUUGUUGCUCCCACGAUUGGAAGCACUGCUGCUCUCACCGGGGGGCAUCGCAGUAUCCACGCUUGCCCUACUGCCUCCGGUGCUGUAUCUCCGGCGAAAAGUCCAAGACCCCCGUCCAAUCUACUUGCUGCUUUUAUACCCGGCUUGGAUCAAGGCCUUGAACGCUGUUGCGCUCGGAACGACUUGGACUGACUUUCAGGAUGUUCUCGCAUGGGUGUUUUACGGUGUUCUCCACUUUGCUUCACCCUUCUUGAUGGGAUGGUGGGCGUGGGGAUUCGCGCCGACAGGCGCGGCCCAAGCAUUUGGGUGGGCAUUGGGCCUGCAAAACUUAAGCGGACUCUGUAUCCACCUGGCUUUCCCAAACGCCGCUCCAUGGUACAAGGAUACAUACGAUGCGACCGUCGUGCCAGACUAUUUCUUCCCUGGGUCCGCAGCAGGGCUGGUCCGAGUAGAUGCGGUGCUGGGGACACACCUCUACACCAAAGCCUUCAGGAAGAGCCCAGUCGUUUUUGGAGCGUUACCCAGUCUCCACGCUGCGACAGCCAUGUGCAUCGCUUGCUUCGUGGUAAGGUACGGCGGGAAAGCUGGCGCAGCUUUCGCGCUCAUGUACACCUCGUUGAUGUUCUGGAGUACGCAAUACCUGCAUCAUCACUAUGCCGUAGAUUUGGUGGCUGGCUCCGCCAUAUCGCUGGCCUACUUCUGGCUGAUCUCUCGGAUAGCUUUGAGGCGCAUCGACGACUCUUUCGUGCGCGACGCAACAACGCGCGGUAUCGAUCGGUUGCUCUGCCGGCCUGCACCACAUGCUAAUGACGACGACAGAUUGGCAAGGGAGGACUUGGAGGCCGCGAGGCCGAGCGCUCGGUGGUCCGUCUCACCUGGCCAAGCGCCGGCACGUCAGGUCACGCGAGGGAGGUUCUUUGGACAGAACUCCCUGGAUCCUGUGCCCGAGAAGGAAGAAGGCUCUCAAGAGAAGUUAGAGCUUGUCGAGCGCAGCAGCGGUAGCUCGCACACCGACAGCGGCUCGGAUGACAGCCGGCGCAACAGCUCGGAGCAUCUCUCGAUAGCGUACAAGCAAAGAUAGAUGGACGAAGAAUGGCAGGCUUGAAGGCUGUGAAUGCUGUUGUGGGAUUGAGGGGUCUCUGGUCCCGCAAGAGCUCUUGAGCAAGUCUGAAGAAAAAGCGCGCCGCGAAUGAGACUUCUUAAGAGGUCGCGCGACAGCGAGGGUCGCCGAGGAGAUCUAGUCAAGUCUUGAUAUGCACUCCUGCUUCACAUCCACUUUUGACGCUGAGCAGCACACAAUAUACCCCUUGCCCACAAGUGACCUGUGUGUGCUGCGCACUGUGCUAAAUCUGGUACAUCGGAGGACCGGCGGUACAUGCCGCGGCCGGCGGAGCUGAGAUUGGAUUUUGCGAACAUGAUAUAUGGGACAGGCAGCAUGUAUGCUACGGUCACGAUUCCUGUUUGUCCGUUCGGGACUCGUUUCAGCCCAACGGAAUGCGCAGAUGAGGCCCCGAUCAAAAUAGCGUGCAAAUCCAAC